UGGUCUGCAUUGAUCGGUUGGCUGGUGAACAACGAACCUGGUUUUAAUUUCUGAACUGUCUCACACAGUUGUUGCAUCAUGAUUGUCUACUUUGUCUCCACACAUCACCAUCUUGAAGUUUUCAGUGCUACGAGAUUCAUGUCGUGCCACGAUGACCCGCAUGUAUACUCAUGGUGGGGAUAACUACACCUGGUUGUUAUAAUGUACAAUGCAAAAUUCUUGAAGGUAUAUAUAACUCCACGGCGCAGCCAUGGAAGGAGAGAAGGACAAGCAUGAGGAGAAAGACAUGGUGAUGGUCUCAACUAUGAUGCAUGGUGGCGCAACGAUGGAAGGAGAGAAGGACAAGCAUGGGGAGAAAGACGUGCCAGUCGCAGCCAUGAUGCAUGGUGGUCGACAUGGGCAUCCGCCGAAGGGAUAUGAAUACCCUCCUCUAGGUUGCCCGCCACCUAGGGUACCCUACCCUUGUCCUGACGCAUAUCCUCUGCCUAUUGUAUACCCUCCGCAAUACGGGUACACUUCCUACUACCCAACGCGGUACCAUGGCUGUAGGAGCUGCCAUGGAGGACACACGGGACCAUGGCUACCUGGAGGAUAUUGGCUUCCUCAUGUUGGGCACGGAUGCUACUGUGGACAUAUGGGAUAUGGAGGCUACGGCGACAUUGGCUAUGGACACCCUGGUUACAGACAUUACCACGGUGGGCAUGGUUACGCCCACCAUGGCAAGUUUGGUUGAUUUGCAAGGUUGAAUGUACUCCAAAGUCCCUUAUACUUGUAGCUAAGCUGCGACUCUGCGAUAUACUCCAAGUGAGUAGCAGGCUCUCAGGACAACUAUGCAUCACCUUAUCCUACCUACCUUCCCUUCGAACU